AUCUGCCAGUCGCUUCUCAGCAUUCUACGCCUCUGGUUCGAAAUUCUCACAACGAGCAGAAAAGAAAAGCAUAAAGACCCUACGUACUACGUGCCGAAUAAAGACCGAGGAACAGGGGAAGAAGCGGUGGCCAGCGAACAGAAGACGGAAAAUCCAUUUCUAUAUACCCAACCACAUCGACAUCGACAACGACAUCGGGAUCGAGAAUCCACAUCGAGAUCGAGAUGUGUAUAUGAAGGCAGUUCCUGCUCGCAGACCGGUCGUCCGUAGUAGUAGCAUCGUUGUGCUCCACAGUUCCAAAGUUCAGUGAGUGGGCCACAGAAGAAUCGAGGGUGAAGAAUCCAAAUCCAAAACCAAAACCGAAUCAAAAUCUAUAAUUUGAAUCCUGCGCGGAGAAAAGAGAUUCGAUCCAAGAUUUGUUGUAAUGGUGCACAGGCGCUGGAUUUUCUGUGUGAGCGGCGAGGAUCCAAACUUCAGGAAGGAGCACUACGAGUACACCCAAAGCCAGCACCGAUAAUUCCAAUC